AUGACUGACGAGUUUGCAACAUUCUUUGUAGUGCGUGCAGUGGCUCGGAUAUUAGAUCCAGCAGAGAUGAUUCCCUCUUUUGACGAUGAUGAAGAUGAUCAGCGAGGAGAGGCUGGUGAGGAGAUAGAGGAUGGAGGUGGUGGCGGAGGAGGUGAUGAUGGAGGAGGUGGUGAUAGAGGAGGUGGUCGAGGUCGGCAAGGGGAGAGGAUGAGAUUGGAUCGAGGGAGACUCGAUUGGGGGAGGAGAGGAGAGAGAGGUGGUGAUGGUGGUGAUAGGGGGAUACGGGCAGAGAGAGUUGUGCGGUGA